AUGGAGCCUCCACUGCCACCUGCCCGAACAACUAACCACCACCAAAGGCAGGUACUGGCCUUGGCAGGAAACGCCCCCCUUUCCGACGCGACAGGCGUGUACUAUGAUACGCAAACAGAACCCAUUAGACAGGAAACCAACGAUCAGGAAAGCCCUGUGAUUCUAAACACCCGUAAAGUCUUGCCCGACGUCGUUGACCCCCUGGCAAACACAACACCGAACCUUGCCCACGAUCUUUCUAUGUUACAGACUAGUCACUUGCAAAAUUCUACUAACAAUGCAUACUUAGAUCCAUUCAAGUAUUUCUGUAAAUGUCCAAGUGACUCUGAGGCGAUUCAGGGGCUUCUUGUGGUAUCGCAAACCACGCCGCGUGUAGAACGAAGCCGACGACAGGUUUGA